AUCAAGAAACUAAGGCGAGAAAAGAAAUUAUGAUAAGAUUACGAUUAAGGCGAGAGAAAGAAAUUAUGAUUGAGAGAGAAGAAAAUUAUGAUCGAGAGAUUGUGAAAUUUAUCAACGGAUAA